UUCCCGCUUUCCAGUUUGCCCAUGCUGCGGUUGAUGCUGGUCACCGCAGCAAGAAUCCUGUCAAACCUGUUUGAAACCUGUCGUCCAUGCUCGCCGUGUCGUCCCGGCUUUGCUCGCUUGAAGCUGCCUCCACUAUGACGUUGCGCCCUACCCGCCGAACACGGCCUUUUGCACUUGCCAUCAUGGUUAUAACUGAGCACUGUUCACCGCGGGCUGGCGUGGGCGAACACGAACACCUCAUUUAUGCGCUAUGUGCUUAUUGCAGCUGCAAUCAAAUAUACAGCUAGCAGCUACAAAGCUAUCUCCAAGUCAUUAAGGUUUGAUUGGAGAGCGGGCCGUGCUCCGCUGAGCAGUGCGGAUGGUUGCACGGGUUUGUCACGCAAAGGGGCCCAAUCCCAUCCAUACCAUAGAAGUAUACGAUAAAACUGGCCCAUCUUCGCGGGCAGGGCUCUCUGGCCCUCCUGCUGGGCAAGCAGGUCGGGUCCGGGCCGAAGAAACGAAAGCAGUCUACCGAUACCAAGCCCGAUGAUGAUAAAUCUCACGAGAAAUUGGCGAAGCGGUCUCGACCACCUGAAGGUCACCAUAAUGCAGAUGCCGGGUACCGGGGGAGCUCUGAUAGCGCAGCUGCGCGGAGCGCCGCGCCCCCCACGGCUCGCCGGCCAUCGGUUGCGGUAGCGGCCAGGCCGCCCCGGGCGCCGGGCAGCAGAGCCCCAGGCCGCUCUGCCGCUGGCGCUGGCGCCACUGGCUCCACGUCGGGCGCUCCUCGGGCGCCAGCGGCAGCGGCUGUGCCUGCCCAGAUACCGCCCCUGGCGCCAGUGCCGCCGCCCCCUGGCCAAGGCUGGCGACACCUGGAGGCCGCGGUCGUGGCACUGGAUGUGAAGCGGGUCAAGCAAGGAGCAGCCGGCGUGAUGGAGGCCGCGGCGGCGGCAGUGGUGGCGGCGGCUGUAGGCACGGCAGUGGCUGUGGAGGCGGCGCCUGUGGAGGCAUGCUGUGGGCCAGCAGGUACGGUGGCAACGGCGCCGAGGGCGGCGGCCCCUGCCAAUGCUGGCGGCGCGGUUUUGGAAGCUGCUACUGAGCUGGCUACUGGUGAUGCUCGUACUCCUGCUGGAAUUGCGCCGCGGCCCAGCUACUGCUUUCGCUACUGCUUCCGGUGCGAGCCGACCAACCCCUACGACGUCAAUGCAGUGCAGGUGUGGUGGAUGCGUGGGGAGCGACAUGAGGCUGACGCACAGGCGGCAGCGGCGGCGGAGCCGGCGCCGGGGGGUGAUGCGCUGCCGGGGGUGCAGACAAGGGACGCGUUGGCGGAGGCCCCCGUGAGUGCGGAGGUGCUGGUGGGCUACCUGCCUCGUGAGGUGGCUCAGCACUUGGCGCCACUGCUGCGGGCCGGGGCCGUGGAGGUGGCGGCAGGGGCGGCGGGGCUGCAGGUCGACUGGGCGGGGCUGGGCCGAGCUCGCAGCGGCGGCCGAGCGGCGCCGCUGCACGCGUACCUGCGGCCUCGGCAGCGGUGGCGGCGUGAGGGAGUCGGCGGCAAUGGCCGCGUCGGCUGCGAUAGGUCGGGCGUUGGCUGUAGCAAUGGAAAGGUUGACUGUGGCAGCAGUGGCGGGUGUCAGGAUGAGCCACAAGUAGCGGUGCCGGGAGCAGCAGCAGUGCACCAAUCAGCUGCGUCGUACGGAGCAGUCCAGGACGAGGGCGAGGAGGACGAGGAGGGCGAGGGCGGGGACAGCGACGGCGAAGUGGGUCGGGCGCUAGAUGCGGCGCUGGCGGGCGCUGCGGCGUGGCGCUGCCAGCUGCGGCGCGGCGGGCCCGGCGGCAGCAACAGCAGCGGCAGCGAGGGCGGCGCCGGUGCCGGUGCUGCCGCAGCCGCCGGCGAUGGCGGGCCCGUCGAGGGCGGGUCUGGGCCGGAGGCGGGGCCGGGCUGGGGCUCGGGCGCAGAGGCGGCGCCGGGCGAGGUGCUGCGACGCAACUUCGCAAUGAUGGCGGCCGACGUGCAGCGCUACGACGGCCAUUUGCUGUGCGGCGAGGAGCAGGAGCUCCUGGGGCGGCUGCUGGCCCUGCCGCCGCCGCCGCAGUGUCUCUUCCUACGGCUGUUGCUGCGCCGCGGGCCCUGGUUCGCGGUGCGCGACAUACAAUACCCCGAGUGCGGCGGCGGUGGGGGCGGUGGCGGGACAGAGGCAGAGGCAGCGGAGGCAGGGGCAGGGGCAGGGGCAGGGGCGUCAGCUGGAGGCGGGGCAGGAGCAGCAGCAGCUGAAAAGCCGUGGACUGUGGACGCGGCGGCGGAGGCGUUGGUGGCGGCAGGGCUGGCAGAGCGGCCGCAGCCACACGACUGGCCGCAGCUGGCGCAGCAGCUGCUGGUGGUGGCGGACGUGCGUGCGCUGAUGCUGACCUGUGCGGCGGCAGGUGGCGGUGACAGCAGCAGGCGAAGCAGUGGUGGCGGCGCCGUUGCUGCGGUGUCAACCCCAGUGCCGCCGCACACACUGCCUCAACGGGGCUCCAUCCUGGCUUUCGCCACGCGGCGGCGGACGGCAGGUGGUGGUGGCGCUGGCGUUAAUGGCACCAACGGUGGCGGUAAUUGGGGUGCUGCAGUCAAAGCAGAGGAAGGCGACGUGUUGCUGUCACCGCCUUCCGCUCCUGGCACCGCCAGCGGAAGUAGGAACCCCUACCUCCCAACUCACAAGCCGCAGCCGCAGCAGGGCCAGCAGCCAAACCAGCAGUCGUUUGCGGGUGGUGCAAUGCCCUAUGCAGGUCCCAGAGCUGAGGGGUACAGGGGCUCAGCGGGCAGCAGGCGCAGCAUGGGUGGCAGAGGGGGCGCCAGCAGUCAACGAGUUGGCAGCGACGGCGAAGGAGCAAGUGGAGGCGGUGGUGAGGGUGGCAGCGGGGUCCGCAGCAGCAGCGGCGCAGCAAGGCACUGGAGUGCGCCGAGCCGCGGCGGCACAUCCACUGGGGGCGGCGUCGCAGCUGCUACUGCUGGAGGCGGCGGCGGAGGAGGAGGAGGCAGUAGCAAGGCGGCGGUCAUUGCGACACUGCGGCAGCGCUACGCGAAUGACGACGACAUGAGCCGGCGGGUGUCUUCCCUGACCGGCCCCUGCCUGCGCCUGGCCCCCGCCGCGCUGCUGCUGGUGUCGCGGCUGCAGCGGCUGUACUUUCUGGCGGAGGGGCCCGCGGCGGACCUGGGCAGGUUCCUGGCCGCCGACCGCGGAGUGAUCCGCUACCCGGCCUACACGGUGCGCCGCAGCGGCUCGGCCUUUGGCAGCAGGCAGCAGCUGCUGGACUACGAGGCAGCGCUGAGGGCGGCGGCAGAGCUGGACGCGGCGCUGGAGGCGGGGGAUGAGGCGGCGGCGGAGAGGGCGCUGGAGCUCGCACUGGCGGCGGUGCGGGCGGGUGCACACCGGCAGGUGCAUUGGUGUGGAGACGCCACCAUACCCGUACGCGCCGUGCCUGGCCCCUGGCCCUGGCUGGCUGCCCACGAGCACGGCGGGGCGGAGGCCGCCGCCGCCGCCGCUGAUGUCGGCCUUUGCGCGGGAGCCGCUGGCGCCGCCAGUGCCACUGCUGCUGCUGUCGCCGCAGUGGCGGCGGCGGGAGCGGCCAGCAGGGGCUCAGCUGGCGGCGCCGCCGGCACAGCGCCGCGGCAUGCGGAGUCGCCGCAGCGCCACCGGCGCGCCAGCUGUGCAGGCGGGGUCGGCGGUGCUGGCGUCGGUGCUGGCGGCGGCUCGCGGGCUGAGGCGAUGGACCUCACCUUCAGCAGUAGCGACAGCAGCGAAGAAGGCAAGGAUGACACCGAUGAUGAGGCUGGCAGAGACGGCGAUAGCGAUGACCUUAUGCUUGGGGAAGCAGGGUCGGGGGCAGAGGCGCAGUGCACGGCAACCGGUGGGCUCCCAGCAGCAGUUGGCUUCAAGCAGGAGGUCGAGGGGGCCGAGGCGGAGGAUGCCAGGCUAGGGAGCGACUUCGGAUUCGUCACUGACGCAGGCGGCGCCGCGGGUGCGACCGCGGGCGCAGCGGGCAGCCCAGGGCCGCAGCAGGAGCAGGAGGAGGUGGAUGCGGAGGAGGGCUGGGGCCUGGACCCGCCUGCAGAUGUGCAUGCGGACGACGGCCUGUGGGGCACGGAGCCGGAGCUGGAGGCACAUCCGGAGCAAGGACUGGAGGCAGAGCCGGAGCCGGACCUGGAGCAGAGUCCAGGGUUGGGAACAGGAGGUCGCAGCGACGGCAACGGCCCAGGCGCCGAUGGGGAGACGGAGGCGGGUGAUAUCGACAUUGCCUACGGCGACGAGGAGGAGCACAUGGCUGGCUUGGGCCACAGCGGGGACUGCGCGGGCGAUGUGGCUGGGCUGGGCGGUGACAGUGGCGGGGAAGCGGCUGCACGCGGCGGCAGUGCACCCGCCGCGGCCGCCGCCUUGCCAGCUGCCGAUGCUGCCACUGACACGCCAGCGGCCGUGCAGCCCGCCGCUGAUCCUCCUCAGUCCGCCACCGGUGUCACCGCCAACGCCGCGGCCACCGCGGACGCGCCGCCCGCGCCGCCUCAGCAGUUCCUGGCGCGCUUCUGUGCGGCGUGGGUUUACGCCAGCAUGGGCACCGUAGCCGUAUCGCUGCUGGAGCGACAGCGGCGCUACGGCCCCGCCGCCUGCCUGCUGCGGGCGCUGCUGCAGGGCCGCUGCUGCCCGGGCCGGCGCGGCGAGUGGUGGCUGCGGCUGUCCUUGGACCUGCAGCACCUGGGCCGAGAGGAGGAGAGCCUGCAGGUGGCAGAGGCCUCCCUGUCCGACCCCUGGGUCCGCCACGGCGACCGCCUGGCCCUGCAGCGCCGCGUGCUGCGCCUGGGCCGCCCGCCGCGGCGCUGGAAGAAGCCGGCCUGGGCGGCGGCGGCGCUGGCGGAGCCGCGGGAGGUGGUGGUCAGCGCGCAGCUGAUCAAGGGAGCCACGGGAUACAAGAGCCGCUUCAUUGCGCCCGCGGCUGAACCCGGCACUGCCGCCGCCGCCACCACCGCCCCCAGGGCGGCCUGCGGCCCGGCCGACCCGGCACAGCCGCAGGCCCCAGUGCAGUGGAAGCCGCCACACCGCUCCUCCAGCCCCAGCCCCCAGCGAGGCCUGGAGCCGCCUGUUGCGGGCGGAGCUGCCGUUGCAGCCGAUCCUCAGCAGCCGGUGGCCACGGUGGGCGUGGAGGACCUGGCGCUGCACCACUACGCCAGCGCGCCGGGCGGCGGCUGGCGCGGCGUGCACAGUGAGGGCGGCGUGUGGGGCUGCCUGUGGGCGCUGCUGAUGUGGGACGUGCUGUUCACGGACGUGCCCGAGGUGUUCAGGCAUCCCUUCCAGACCGCACCCCUGGACCUCGACUCAGACGCCUUCUACCCCGCGCGCCGGGCCGCAGUGGACGCCCGCUUGCAGGCCAUCGCUGGCGGCGCCGCACCCGAGCUGCUGCGGGCUGCCUGGCGGUCCCACUGCGGCGUGUGGUGCCGCGGCGUCAACUGGGGCCGGCUUCCCCUGGAGGACCUGGUGGACAUCGCAAGGUGUGUGGGCGGCCUGGGUCUGUCGGUGGUGUGCCGGCUGCUGAGUGAGGACUCGGGCGGCUGGCGCGGCGGCAUGCCCGACCUGCUGCUGUGGCGCCCGGAGCGCGGGGACGCACUGGUGUCGGAGGUCAAGGGCCCUCGCGAUCGGCUCAGCGACCAGCAGCGUGCUUGGAUGGCAGCACUGGCGGCGGCGGAGGUGCGCGUGGAGGUGCUGCGGGUAGUGGAGGCGCCGCCGGUAGGAGCAGCUAGAGCUGCAGGCGGGAGGCGACAUUUGCCUGGGCGCGGCCGCAGCGCUGUGGCCGUGCCGGUGGCCGGAACGAGUGGGGCGGGCACAAGUGGAGGGAACGGCGCUGCAGCCACAGCGGCGGUGGGCCGCCGCGGCGGCAUGCGCAGCAGGGGAGGUAGGAGUGGUGUGGCAGCAGCUGCUGCUGGAGCGGGUGAGGCGGUUGACAUGGUUGACUUGUUAGCUAGCAGUGAUGGUGACUAAUGGGAUGGGAGCUAGUGUGAACCGUGGACCGUCCAGCGCAAUGCCUGAUCCAUGCUGUAAAACGCAUGCAUC